AGAGCACCGUGGGCAGGAUGAAGAGAUUGUAGGGCUCUUCCUGGUUCCACCCUGAAAUGUAGGGAUGUCAAGCCAAGCCAUGACUCACACUAAAGCAGAUGGGUUUUAUAAAGGCCUUAUCGCUUAUUGAUAAGGAUCAGUUAUCAGGAAAUCUUCUCGAUCAAUACAGAGAUACUGGUUGUGUGUAUGUGAUUGUGUUUUUGUCAGGGGGGCGUUACACACACACAUUACUUUGGUUUCCAGGAACUGGGUGAAAAGCUACAACAAUCUGUCAGUGGAGCCUACCUGUAGGGGAGAUGGAUGAGGAGAGUGUAAAGAAGAAAAGUGUGCAAAAUGGCAGUGUCACCCUCUCACACACCCAGAAGGAGGAGAAAGCCACCGUGCUUCAGAAAGAGGUAGGUCUGUUGAGCGGAGUGUGUUUGAUCGUGGGGACGAUGAUCGGUUCCGGAAUCUUCAUCUCGCCUAAAGCGGUACUGCAGGGAACAGGAGCCGUGGGGCCCUGCCUGUGUGUGUGGGCCGCAUGCGGAGUGCUCGCAACGCUGGGGGCUCUGUGCUAUGCGGAGCUGGGCACCAUGAUCACUAAGUCUGGGGGUGAGUACCCGUACCUGAUUGAGGCGUUUGGGCCGGUCCUUGGCUUCCUCUACUCCUGGACCACCAUCAUCGUCCUCAAGCCUUCAUCCUUCGCCAUCAUCGCCCUCAGCUGCGCUGACUAUGCAGCCACGCCCUUCUACCCAGGAUGCACCCCGCCUCAGCUCGUCACCAAGAGCCUGGCCGCCGCCACCAUCUUGCUGAUCUGCCUGGUGAACUGCCUGAGUGUGAAGCUGGCCAACUACAUCCAGAACUUCUUCACCGCCGCCAAACUCUUCAUCAUCCUCAUCAUCGUGGUGGCCGGGAUGGUGCUACUGGCUCAAGGGAACACACAGAACCUAACAAAUACAUUUGAAGGGGCGACCACAUCUUUUGGAGCCAUAGGACUGGCUUUCUACAACGGCCUUUGGGCUUAUGAUGGGUGGAAUCAGCUGAAUUUCAUCACAGAGGAGCUGAAAAACCCCUACAGAAACCUGCCAUUGGCCAUCAUCAUAGGCAUCCCCCUGGUGUCGGUGUGUUACGUGCUCGUCAACGUCGCCUACUUCAGCGCCAUGACGGCCACCGAGCUUCUGCAGUCUCCUGCUGUCGCCGUGACGUUUGCUGACCGUGUGCUGUACCCCGUGUCAUGGGUGGUUCCUCUCUUCGUGGUCUUCUCCACGUUUGGGGCAGCCAAUGGGAGCUGCUUCACUGCAGGCAGGCUGACAUAUGUAGCUGGACGGGAGGGCCACAUGAUUAAGAUUCUGUCCUACAUCAGUCUGAAAUACUAUACCCCAGCUCCAGCACUCCUUUUCAAUGGCUUUCUGGCUAUCGUGUACGUCAUCCCUGCGGACAUCAACACUCUGAUCAACUACUUCAGCUUCGCCCAGUGGGCCUUCUACGGUCUCACCGCCCUCGCCCUCAUAGUCAUGAGGUUCACCAGGAAAGACCUGCACAGACCUGUCAAGGUCCCUGUGGUGAUUGCGGUGCUGGUGGUGAUGGUGUCUGGUUAUCUGGUGUUGGCCCCCAUCAUUGAUGACCCCCAGCUGGAGUAUCUCUACUGCACCGCCUUCAUCCUCAGCGGGGGCGUCUUCUACCUGCUCUUCGUCCACCACAGCUUCCACUGGAGUCAGAGAAUCAUGCGUCCACUUACCAUGCAUCUGCAGCUGCUGAUGGAGGUGGUUCCCCCGGAGAAGAUGGACUGAAGAGCAACACAACACACACACACACACACAUCUUAACACACACUCACACACACA